CUACGUUCCAAACGUUUCAGCACAUUUCACUGAAGUUCCUGCGCCUGAACGUUUAUACUUCCGGUUCACGUCACGAAAGCUCUUUGAAGCCGCGAAAGAGUUGCUGUUUUUUUCGUGUACCCUUCUUCUAACCAAACGCGUUCCUUCAAAGCAUCAUCAUCGGAUGUCACUGUAGAAAAUCUUCACACUGUGAAGCACAACCCCCCACUCGCUAAAGAUGUCUGAGAUGCUGUACAACAAACAGGAGACAGAGCCAGAGACCCCCAGCAUUAAAGAAGAAGAACAGGAAGAUGAAAUCACAUUUCCAUUAACUGUCAUCGUGAAGAGCGAAGAAGAUGAAGAUCCAAGCGAAGAGAGUGGAGCAGCGAAACCUUCAAGCGACAGCUUGUUUCAACGCCUGGCAACAAAAGACGUCACAAUAGAUGAUCUUCACCCUGAGAAGCACGAUCCCCUCCACGUUAAAAAGGGGUCUAAAUCGGAGAUGCCGUCCAUCAAACAGGAGGCGGGGCCGGAGACCCCCUACAUUAAAGAAAAACAACAGGAAGGUGAAAUUACCACAUUUCCAUUGACUGUCAUUGUAAAGAACGAAGAAGAUGAAGCUCCAAGCGAAGUCGACGGAGCAGCGAAAUCUUCGAGCAACAAAUCCUUGACAACAAAAGGAGAGGGACGACCGCAACCGGACAGCCUCUUAGCUCAGCACUCGGACAGCGACGACCAAACAUCCCACUCUUCUGACUUUAACACUGAAGACGGAAGUAACUGUGACCAAAAUGCGUCGAAAUCCUCAAACAAGUCGUCAUUGAAAAGAAACACAAAAGAAUGCGUGGAUGACAAACCUUUUGCCUGUUCAGUUUGCGACAAAAGAUACUACACCAAGGAAAAUUUAACCAUACACACAAGAGCCCACACCGGAGAGAAGCCUUUCGCCUGCUCAGUUUGCGAUAAAAGUUAUUCUCGGAAGAAUCUGUUAACAAGACAUACGUAUACUCACACUGGAGAAAAGCCUUUUCCCUGUUCAGAUUGUACUCAAAGUUUCAUCACGAAGCUAGAAUUAAACCGUCACGCAAGAAAACACAGCGGGGAGAAACCUUACGCUUGCAAAGGUUGCGGUAAAACUUUUACCUUCAAGGCAACCGAAAGACAACACUUUAGAAAACACCAUAUGGAGAAACCUUUUUCCUGAGCCGACGGCGGUAAAAAGAGGCACUCGCAAGGGACAUUUAGAUUCGCACACAAUAACUGGGAAAGAGACUUUCAAUUGCUAUGUGUGAUAAAAUACAGUGGUACCUCGAGAAACGAAAGCUUUUGUACACGAAAAAUUCAUUUUGCGAUUCAUAUCACAAAAAAUGAUUCUUCAUACGAAAGAUAAUACGUACUGUAAUAAUACCCGCCCGCAACAAUUCCAUAAUGUAACGACUUGAGUUGUCGAUCUUAAUAUUCUAAUGAGCAGAAGCGUGAAAAUCAUGCUCAAAUGUUAAAUGAACAGUAUUGUUUCACGCAGUGUAGAGUACACAUAUUUGUAUAUAAUGUACAUGGAUAUUUUCUUUUAUUCACAUAAACACUGUGCUAAAGACUGCCCGCAAAUGGGGCCAUUUUGCAUCUAAAAUUAAAGCCAGUGUGAGUAUUUUUUUUCAUCUACUCGCUCAUGUGCGACCAGUAAGAUUGCGUCCUUUAUUUUGAGGGGCUGACAAACUCCUACACGGGUAAAUCGAGAAGUUCGCGAUAAUGUAACGAGCUGGUUUGCCACGGAAAAAUACAACAGAAGAGAAAAGGACUUCUGAGCCACUUCAAGGAGAGAGCGCGAGACACACUAAACAGCCACUCCGAGAGGCUCCGCCUGCCUUGGUCACAUUUACGCACAUGUCCUCCUGGUCGUCUUCGGAUUGUAGUUUGCGCUUCCAGGAAAUAUACGCGGCGCCAAACCAUGUGUCUUUUUGAUAUUCUCCAAGUGUUGAGUGCGCAACUGCGUAACGAUUGUAACAUACUAAGUAACGGUGUUUGACUUUUUCGUUUUCUCGAGAUUUAUUUCAACCGCAACUCUGUGACUGCUUGUAAAAGCCGAGCAUGACCACACACUCCCUCCAGUGUGAUGCAUUUGAAUGCGUUCACGGAAGGAACAGUGCUCAUUUUAAAAUUUGUUGGGUGUUUUGGCUCUCUCUGUCAAAAUGGUUCCCAACUCCUGACUUGAAACCAUGACUAUCUUUAGAUUCAGCUUUUUAAAAUUCUUUUUCAUAAUAUAUAGAUUUACAUAUAUAUUUUGUCAUGAAUGGGACACUCCGCAUCCAUGUUACAGCUGGGUGUCCUACCCAAAAAUUGACAUGUUAACCUAAUUUGUAAGCCGUAUACUGGUUGAUGUCAAAACUGAUAGAGAAUAAAAUAUACUGUCGAUUCAUAAGUUUGUAGUCUUAUGCAUUUAUUAUGAAAGUAUUUAUCGGUUAACAGUGGAGACUAGAGGAAAACUUGCAUGUUGAUUUACUGUGUGCCCCCAUGAAUCUUCUGCUCUCGCCCCUAAAGUUUUAAGUUGCGGGCCACAGUGCUCCGGGUAAAAAAUGUUAAUCUGGAGCCCUGAUAUCUACAUAUCUGUUCAUUUGACAUGGUCACAAGCGUUCAUUGUUCUUAAAAUACUGUGGUUUUCUACUUUGUGAAUACCUGGGACGAGUACUGUUUUGCAUACAAGGAGUCUUUCAAGGUUAUGGACAGUGAGUUCACAACCCUGAUGUACACAAUAUUUUCAUUCCAGUGUUUUUUCCACUGUUUCUUAUGUAGGGGCUGACACUAGCCUGCCAUCUGGUGUCAUGACAAAUAUAAACUGUAUGAUCUUGAAGGUCGGGGCAAAUCUGCUUGAGGGCGUUUGUCAAUUUUUCUUUUCUUUUUCUUCAUGAAGGUACUUUUCUUAGACAUAUAUUAGUUUCGUUAUUACUCUAAUUGUGUGUCAUCAGUUCUUGUCCAAUAAAGACCAUAAAAGAACCUGAGAGAAAAUGGUUGUCUCUGGCAAUUCGUCACAUGACUAUUUCUCUUCAAUAACCUGUGGCCCCAUGGGUAAUCUGAUUGCACACAGGGUAAUGGAGUUCGAACUCCGAGCACCACAACUAUAUUUGAAAAUGAAUGCACUUUAUUGUCAUCGUAUACGAUGAAAUGAACAUUGUGAAACAAUGGAAUUUUACGUGGCACUCCAGGAUGAACAUAUGAGUGAUUUAAACAAAAAUGUAAACAGACAAUAUGCACACCAUAAGGUUCAGGGAUAUGAAACAAAAGAUUAUCAUUUAUGUACGAUGCUUUUUCAAGGAACAAACAGUGAGAUGAAAUGGCUUGCAAGAAAUUGCGACCAAAGUCCGUCUUUUAGCACUUCGCGUUUGCAAUGAGCUCGAGUGGUCAUGUGACAACUGUAGAAAGUGUCUAACAAAUUAGUUA